AUGCGUGGUACACCCCAAUCCUCAAGCGACGAUGUCGCGGUCAUCGGCAUGUCAUGUCGCUUUCCGGGGGACGCAACCUCUCCCGAGUCCUUCUUUGAAAUGCUGAAGAAAGGAGACAGCGCCUGGUCAGAAGUGCCGAAAGAGCGUUUCGACAUCGACGCAUAUUACCACCCCUCGCAUGGCCACAAAGGAACAAUAGUUGCGAGAGGUGGCUAUUUCCUGAAAGAAAACCCAGCCAACUGGGACGCUCCAUUUUUCUCGACAACCGCCACAGAAGCCGCUGCUAUGGAUCCGCAGCAGCGCUUGUUACUCGAGGUUGCAUACGAAGGUCUGGAAAAUGCUGGUCUUCGGACAUCUGACCUUGCAGGCUCUGACAUGGCUUGCUACAUGGGAAGCUUCUCUCACGACUACGAGAACGACGGCCAUAGUAGGCGGCUGCGCCUCAUGCUGGGACCGGAGACCCCAAUAAGUUUGUCGGCACUGCACUUUCUGAGUCCAGAUAGCCGAUCUUACUCUUUUGACGAGCGUGGCAACGGCUAUGCUCGAGGAGAAGGUGUUGGGAUAGUCGUCCUUAAGCACAUCGACGAUGCUAUUCGUGACGGUGACACUAUUCGAGCAGUCAUUCGUGGGACUGCGGUCAAUCAAGAUGGUAAAACUUCUGGUAUCACACUACCCUCGAGCGAAGCACAGUCACGCCUGAUAAGGUCAACAUAUGACGCUGCGGGGCUCCCGUUGAAUGGUACAUCCUACUUUGAAGCUCACGGCACAGGGACCGCUGCUGGCGACCCUAUAGAGGCACGCGCUAUCGGCAGCACAUUCGGUGCUGACCCACAGCGGACUGAGCCUAUUACGAUAGGUUCAGUAAAGUCAAACAUCGGACAUCUGGAAGGUGCGGCUGGGGUCGCAGGUCUCAUCAAGAGCAUCCUUUCCCUAGAGUCAGGAUUAAUACUACCACAGCACGACUUCAGGAAGCCGAACCCAAAGAUCGACCUCACAGGCUGGAAGUUGCAGAUUCCUACCAAAGUCACCCCAUGGCCAACUUCGACUAUUCGUCGCAUUUCGAUCAACUCGUUUGGCUACGGUGGCACCAACGCUCAUGCUAUAGUGGACGACGCACUGAGCUAUCUCCGGGACAAGGCCCUACCCGGGUCUCACAACACAGUCGAGAUCGCAAGCAGUCCCUCGCCUAACCGCACCUUCCAAGACUCUGCCAUAAACACCUCAUAUGAUGAGAAUUUUGAGCAGCAGCAAGACUACUUCUCUGGAGGCUUCAGCCAGCACAAGAGGAUCUUUGCUUUGAUGUCUCCAGAGCAGGGAGCGAUAGCCAGAAUGACCACGACGUUGGGCUCUUACCUGGAUGAGACAGCUAUCACAGGGCGGCGCUCCACCGACAAGCAGCUCGAUGAUCUUGCGUACACACUCUGCACAAGACGAAGCGCUUUCCACUGGCGGUCCUUCGCUGUAGCUUCCACCGCAUCAGAGCUGAAGACUGCUCUUGAGUCCGCAUCAAAGUCGAGCUACCGAGCUAACAAAGUCCCAAGACAGCUUUGGGUUUUCACUGGACAAGGCGCGCAAUGGGCCCGUAUGGGAGCCAGCCUCCUGCAGUACGAAGUCUUCGCCGAUGCCAUCGACUCGGCUGAACGCCUUCUAAAAUCGCUAGGUGCAAGUUGGAGCGUCACUACAGAGCUGUUGGCACCUACCGGCACGACCAAAAUCAACGAGCCGGAGUUCUCCCAACCAUUGUGCACCAUCAUACAGGUUGCCAUGGUUCAGUUGCUCCGUCACUGGGGUUUGGCUCCCUCCUGUGUCAUUGGACAUUCCUCUGGUGAGAUAGCUGCUGCCUAUACGGCCGGUGCCUUGUCCGCGGAGGAUGCAUUCAAGGUGGCUUAUCACCGUGGUCGCCUGUCGCAGAAGCUAAAGGCUUUGCUGGGCGAACAUAAAGGGGCUAUGCUUUCAGUUGGCCUGUCGCCAGAAGAGGCUCAUAAACGUCUUGCUGCGCUGCCACCAAGAGCUGUCGCCGUGGUAGCAUGCGAGAACAGCCCGACCAAUGUGACAAUAUCUGGUGAUCGAGACGUCCUGGAAGACCUCGAAAGGGACUUCCAAGCGUCUGGACUCUUUGUACGCAUGCUGAAAGUCACAAAUGCAUACCACAGUCCGCAUAUGGAAGUUAUCGCAGCGGAAUAUCGCGAGUCCUUGAUCGAUAUUGCCCCCUUGGAAACCGACGGAUCAGUCAAAAUUUUCUCCACAGUAUCCGGAAACGUAUUGACAGGAACAGAGACAGGACCAGAUUACUGGGUGCGUAACAUAACGCAGCCAGUAAAGUUCGUCGGUGCACUGGACCAACUCUUCGGCACUAGCAGCAAACAGCAGCGGCAACGCCGAAAGAAAGUUGACACCAUUGACAGUGUACUCGAGAUAGGACCGCACGGUGCCCUGCAGGGAGCAGUCAAACAGUUCCUGACAAAGAUCUCCCAGACUGAUCGCGUGUCGGUUGCUUCGCUGCUCUCGCGAGGUCAGGACGCUGCCGCAACGACCCUUGCUGCCGUUGGCAAACUGUGGGCCACGGGCUGCAUGGUAGACCUUGCUUCAGUCAACUCUACCAAGCGGUUUCCGCAAGCAGCUAGUGUCCUUGUGGAUCUACCAAGCUACCCCUGGAAUCAUACUCGUCAGUAUUGGCACGAGAGUUCUCAGAGCAGACACUACCACCAGCCAAUAUGUGGCAGAUUGGACUACGCUGGCCGUCCCGUGGAAGACUUCAAUCAUGUGGAACCACUGUUCAAGAAUAUGCUCCGCGUUGCUGAAGUGCCCUGGCUGGCCGACCAUAAGGUCCAGGGAGACAUUAUCUUCCCUGCUGCUGGGAUGAUAUGCGCGGCGGUUGAGGCAGCUCGACAGCUGCUGGACAAGACCAAAAGUACUCUUGGAGUCGAGUUGCGCGACAUAUGUAUCGGACAGGCCUUGAUCAUCCCAUCGGACGAUUCUGGCAUUGAAACCUUCCUGCAACUUCGACCUCGCAAGACGGGCAUGAGGUCUACGGCAUCCGCUUGGCAGGAAUGGAGCUUCUAUACAGAGUCUCGACAGAAUGAGAUCACGGAGCAUGCAUCGGGGUUGCUUGCUUUCGUUCAUCCUCACGCGUCAGAGCUUGACAACGGCGAGGAGGCCGAAUCUUUGCUUCGCAACCAGCAGAAAACGUACGAACUCGGCGUUACCAAAUGCACCACGGCCUUGAGUAAAGACAAGCACUACAGCAGUAUGGGAGCCAUUGGUAUCUCAUACGGACCUACCUUUCAGGGCGUCGAGAGCAUAGUCAGUGGCCCAUCGAUAGCUUGCACCACGAUCACAGUGGCUGACACAAAGUCUGUCAUGCCUUUCAACGUCGAGACCGAAAGCAUUGUCCAUCCGGCUGUGCUAGACGCUAUCUUUCAGACCUCGUUUCCAGCGUACGUUGGGGACGCCACCGACAUGAAGGAGGCAAUGGUGCCGACCAUGAUUGAGAAUAUCUUCAUUCCUUACGACAUGCCGCGUACUGCGGGCGAGUCGUUCGUAGCAAUUACCCAUGCUUUCAAGCGUGGCUACAGGGGGAUGUUGGCGAACACGAUCGCUGCCAAUGCAUCCUGGACAAGUGCUUCUCUCACAGUCAAGGGACUGAUUUUGACCGCGGUAGGUUCUUUGUCGGGUGACGCAAUCGAUACUGGUCUUACCAGCGCCGUUGAAUCACAGAUCUGCUCUGAAGUUGCUCUUCGGCCGGAUCUGAGCUUCUUAGAUACCAAAAACGCUCCGGGACUGCUUCGCAAACAUGUUGAGCCUUUCGACGCUCUGAAGAAAUACCAAGUGGACAGUUCCAAGGCAGCUGCUAUUUGGGCAAAGCGAACCUUGCCUUUGCUGGCAACAGUCAUGACGAGUGCCACUGCACCGCACUUCUCCUACUACCACAAGUACUUGGAAGAAGUGUACAGCAACGCCAAAAUGAUGAAGCACCCCUAUCAGCGUGGUAUAGAAGACUGGCUUGGCUUGGAUCAGACAGCGGAGGACCAAUUCCUCGCAUCAUUCGGCGCCCAGAAUCCAAACGAUGGCUUGCUUCUGAAUUGUAUUGGACAGAACCUACCAGCAAUCAUCUCGGGUAAAGUUCAAGCCUUAUCGGUGAUGCUGGAAGACGAUAUGCUGUCCAAGUCGUACAGCGCUGCGCAUGGGUUUGCGUCCGGUACCGCCAUCUUCCAAGACUGGUUCGAUCUAGCCGGGCACAAGUACCCCUCCAUGAAAGUACUCGAGAUUGGAGCUGGUACUGGCGGAUCAAGUCUGCCCGUGCUCAGAACUCUCGGUGGUCGGAACGGCUCGCCGCGACGCUUCGAGUCCUACACCUUCACAGACGUCAGCUCUGGCUUUUUUGAAAAGGCCCAAGAUCUGCUCCGAGAAUGGGGAAGUGCUGUAGAGUUCAAGAAGCUGGACAUCGAGAACGACCCGGAAGGACAAGGCUUCGAGCUAGAAUCCUUCGACGUUGUUGCUGCCAGCAAUGUGCUUCAUGCGACAAAAGACCUCUCGCACACACUAAAGAACUGCCUGAAGCUUCUGAAACCCGGUGGCCGCUUGAUCCUGGGUGAAUGCAGCCCACGCAGAGACCAUGCUUCUUUCAUCUAUGGCGUGCUGCCUGGCUGGUGGCUCAGCGAAGAUGGACGCACCGGCGGCCCACUUCUUGGACAGCAACAGUGGGACACUGUGCUUCGCAAUGCGGGUUUCACAGGCGUUCACUAUUCAGCUGGGGACUGUGUCGAUCCCGCGUACAGGGUCUUCACUGCGAUGAUCUCAACGAAGCCGGCAGAAGCGAAGUUCUCCCAGCCAGAAGUCGCGGUCGUGGUUUCAACGCGGUCGAAGACUCAGUUGAUGCUCGCGGAAUCCUUGUCGUCGAAACUUGCUCUCCUGGGUCUCAAGGUUACAAUUCUGCCGCUACAACAAGCUGUUGAGCGAUCUACAAGUCGCAUGGUCAUCAGCCUUUGCGAGGUUUCUGCCAAGCUGAUUUCGAACAUGUCCUCGGAUGAGUUUGCACUGGUCAAGAACCUCAUUCUCAAAUCGGCGCGGCUCUUGUGGGUGACAUCGCCAACCGCGAGUCACGACCCAGACACUGCUAUGGUUUCUGGCCUACUCCGCGUCGCCAUGAACGAGGACGACGUGUUACGCCUACACGAGCUCCAUUUGGACUCUAACGUCGAGGCACGGAUGGACCAAACCGUGCAGCACAUCAUGAAGGCCUUCACAGCGAACUUCACUGCUUCGGUAGACCUCGGCGAAGGGGAGAUGACAGAAUUAGACGGUCUCAUUCACGUGCCUCGUUACGUGGACUCGGUACGCGCCAACAAUCAUCUGCAAGCUCUGCAUACCAAGCCAAAGCCGGAGCUGCAGCCGCUGCUCCAGCCUGGCCGUCCCCUCAAGCUCGUCAUUGGAUCGCCGGGUUUGUUGGACACGCUUCACUUUGUGGACGACAAGAGGUACUACGAGCCCCUGGGAGCCGAAGAUGUCGAGAUCCAGGUGCAUUCGAAUGCCCUGAACUUCCUUGACAUCAUGGUUGCCAUGGGAAAAAUUCCUGAUGAGCAGCUCGGUGUCGAUGUUGCUGGCGUUAUCAGCCGCGUUGGGCCUGCUGUCACGAGACUCAAAGCCGGCGAUCGUGUGUACGCAUGUGGUUUGACCGGCUUCUGUGCCAAUUUUGCACGCAUCCAUCAGUCCGCUCCGCAGAUCAUUCCAGAGGGUAUGACUAUGGAACACGCUUGUUCCAUACCAGCUGUCUUUAUGACUGCUUAUGCUUGUCUGUUCGAUGUUGGCCGCUUGGAAAGAGGUGAGUCUGUUCUCAUCCAUGCGGCUGCUGGUGGCUUGGGUCAGGCACUCAUCCAGCUGGCGAAACAUAUUGGUGCAGAGAUAUAUGUCACCGUUGGCACUCAAGCGAAGAAACAAUUGAUGCUCGAUCUCGGGAUUGCUGAAGACCACGUAUUCAGCAGUCGUGGGCUCAGCUUUGCUCAGGGCGUCAUGCGUAUGACAAACGGCAAAGGUGUGGAUGUCGUGGUCAACAGUCUGGCGGGUGAAGCGCUUCGAAAGUCCUGGGAGUGCGUAGCUGACUUUGGUCGCUUUGUGGAGGUCGGAAAGGUCGACAUCUACGGCAACACUGGCGUGGAGAUGAUGCCAUUCCUGCAAAACAGAUCCUUCAUGGGCUUCAACCUGGAGCAUCUCACUCGAGUCAACAUUCCAAAGACCGCUAAACUAGCUGAGAAUGUUCACGCGCUGCUGCUGAAGGGUGUCAUCAAGCCGGUCGAGCCUGUGAAAGUAUUCGACUACUCGGAAAUGGAAGCAGCGUUUAGAACCCUGCAGCAAGGCCGCCAUACCGGUAAGCUGGUCCUGAAAAUCUCAGCGGACUCGAAGGUUCAAGCACUGCCCAAGCCUGCGACUCCCGUUGCUCUGGACCCGAACGCUACAUAUGUGCUUGCUGGCGGACUAGGUGGACUCGGUCGCUCUCAAGCUGUAUAUAUGGCUAAACACGGCGCUCGACACCUGAUCUUUCUUUCUCGCUCAGGUGCCGCCAAAGAGGAAGCGAAACAGACUCUUGAUGAGCUACGGGCUAUGGGCGUCAAGGCUGAAGCAUUAGCGUGCGACAUCGCCGACCUAGACCAAUUGCGAACAGCAAUCUCGUCGGUCUCGGAGACCUUUCCGCCGAUCAAGGGCUUGGUUCAAGGUGCAAUGGUCCUCAGCGACAAGCUCCUCGACACCAUGACGUAUGAGCAAUGGCUGACCGCGACUCGACCAAAGGUCGACGGCACAUGGAACCUGCACAAGGUGUUGCCUAAAGGCAUGGACUUUUUCAUCAUGCUCUCGUCUUGCGCCGGCAUUCUCGGCAGCCGCAGCCAAGCCAACUAUGCCGCUGGCAACACUUUUCAAGAUGCCUUUGCUGUCUAUCGUCGCAGCUUGGGCCUGAAGGCGCAAAGCAUUGAUCUUGGAAUCACUACAGGCGUUGGCUGGGUCGAGGAGAAUGCCAGACAUGACGAGAAGAACCACCUCAACCGCAUGAGUGCCAUACAUGUCAAGGCAGAGUACUUCAUGUCGAUCUUUGGUCGAGCCAUGGCGGGAUACUUUGGCAGUGAUGACAACUCGAGCGCGUCCACUCCCUUACCCGCUCAGCUGCUUAUGGGAGCGGGUAGCGGUGGCUUGGAGCGCCUCAACAACGUCGACGGCACGGGUGGAGAAUUUGAGUGGCUGCGCAAGUUCGCACGCUUCAGCUACCUCGCUUCCCUUGACGCACGAGAAGACGGCAGCGCUGGCCCCCUGGGCGGAGACAGUGGUGGGCUAGAGGCGCUCAAGCAGCAGCUCGGCGCUGUCACGUCGGUGGUGCAAGCGGCGGAGCUCUGCCAGGAAGCCCUGGUCACGAAAUUGGCCAAGUCGAUCAUGAUCAACGCGGCGGACAUUGAUACAAACAAGGCACUCCAUAACUACGGGUUGAUUCUUUGGUGGCGGUCGAGGUGA